UGCGUAAAAGCGCAGCAGCAGCAGCAUAAUGUCCGCGCUUGGGUAGGACCAGAGUUCUCGCAUGGCGCUUUGAGUAUAUCAGUUAGUGAUUGACUCGCAAUUUAGAGAUGGAGCGCCAUUGGCUGUGCAGCCUGUGACGUCACCGUUGUAUUUGUCGCUCUGCUCGUUCUUUCAGCGCGCGCUUGUGGGCGCUGGGCUGGAGAGCAGAGCGCGGAUGGAAGCGCUCCACACAGGACCUGAAGUUCUGAAUGAACGCGCUUCAUUUCUCCACACCAUGGGAGACGGUUUACCGUCCGUAAACACCAGCAAUGACUCUAAACGCGACACGUUGGAUCCUAACUUAUCAGAACAGUGGCUCGUGGGCAUGGGAAUCAUCAUGGGUCUGAUAGUAUUUGUCAUUGUAGUGGGGAAUAUACUGGUUAUAGUCGCCAUAGCCCGGAAUCAGAGGCUCCAGACGCUCACCAAUGUUUUCAUCGUGUCUCUGGCGUGCGCAGACCUCAUCAUGGGGUUACUGGUGGUGCCAUUUGGCGCAGCCUUGGAGCUCAAAGGAGCCUGGAUGUAUGGAUCGUUCUUCUGUGAAUUCUGGAUAUCUGUUGAUGUACUUUGCGUCACGGCGAGCAUCGAGACCCUGUGCGUAAUUGCAAUAGACAGGUAUAUCGCCAUCACCUCUCCGUUUCGCUAUCAAAGCCUUUUAACAAAAGUACGAGCCAAGGUAGUGGUGUGUGGAGUGUGGGCUAUAUCGGCUCUUGUGUCAUUCCCACCCAUCCUAAUGCACUGGUCCCGGGACAGCAAUGAUACAUCGUGCUAUGACAAACCCGAGUGCUGUGACUUUGUCACCAACCGUGAAUAUGCCAUCUCCUCCUCCAUUAUAUCGUUUUACAUCCCUUUAAUAGUCAUGAUAUUCGUCUAUGCCAGAGUGUAUAGAGAAGCCAAACAACAGCUGAACAAAAUCAACAAAUGCGAGGGAAGAUUCUACAACAAUCAUGGUACUAAUUGCAAACCUAACCGAAAACGAACCACCAAGAUUCUGGCUUUAAAAGAGCAUAAGGCGCUGAAAACGUUGGGAAUAAUCAUGGGAACUUUCACUCUCUGCUGGCUGCCGUUCUUCAUCGUUAACGUGUUUUGCGCAAAAUUUGUGGAUAAGGAGGUCUUCGUGUUUUUGAACUGGCUGGGGUACGUGAACUCUGCCUUCAACCCCAUCAUAUACUGUCGGAGUCCCGACUUCAGGAAAGCCUUCAAGAGGCUGCUGUGUUGUCCGAGGCAGGCGGACCGGAGGCUGCACGUGAGCUCGUGCGAUCUGUCGCGCUGCGCCGGGGGCUUUGGGAACUCAGCGGAGCAGAGCAUGCUCGGGACGUGGUCGGAGUGUAACGGCGCGGACAGCAGCGACUGCAGUCUAGAGAGGAACGGCAGGAUGUCCCAUUCAGAGUCUCAGCUGUAAAAGUACAUCUGCGAUUAUUUCAUCAAUAUUACAUGAGCAAGAGUGCUGUUUCUCUUGGAUAUAUCAGGUAAUCAUGGACGCGCUAAGAGUGUGAUAUUGCUUGUUCGUGCUUCAGACAAAAAUUGGCCAGUUCGUAUAUUUCUUCUUCGUCACCGAAAAUAUUUCCAAAAAAACAACGCUUUAAAGUCAUCAUGAAAUAAAAAUGGACAAUUCUUAUAUUUUAUGGAAUAUUGCAGUAUUUAUUAAAAAAUAAUUAAUCCGUGCAUAUAUAUUUUUUUUAAUUCAUGAGCGCUUGUCACAUGAUUUUCAACUUGGGCAAAAUAACUUCUCUUGCAACAACAUCUCUUCACUGAUGACGUGUUUGCUGGCGUGAGGGCGGGACAACCUGUCACUCACAUGAGAUCACAGCAAUAGCAAACCAUAAAAUGUCCGAGAUCCAAUCAUUUCCGACUGGACAAAAUUAAGACCCGCCCUACAAUUUUUUUUUUUUUUUUUUUUUUUUUUUUCUCAUUCAAGAAGUCUUUCACUCAGAUCCACUUCACAACAGGGAAGAAAAGAUUACAGAAACUUCGGUUUCAUGCCAAAUUUACAUUUUCACCAAGCAACGCACAAAUUAAAUUAGUGGAGUGGAGCGACAGAUUUCCCUUCUCCCACUCAACUCAUUUUGUAAUCACUCCACUCCAGCUCCACUCCGGGUUUUUCUCCUGUAACGAGUGAACAUGGAUCAAGAGAAAUGCGCACUCGCUCCGCUUUCACUCCGUCCUGCUCUUUCAUGGACACAGGUAAGCGGAGUGACACAAAAAGUGAAAAGUCCUAGCGCUGUUAUUGGCACUUUUGGAAAGUCACUCGUCUCAGCCAAUCAAAUCGGAAAUAAAUGUUAAUUAUAUAUAUAUAUAAAAAUAGAUAAUAGGGUAGCCAAAAAUUUGCUGUGUUCAAAAAAACCCCAAAAAAACAAUCAUUAACCCAUUUAAUCCCAUAUUUCCCCCAGGUAAAUUAGCACAUGUAAUUGGAGAGCCCACUGAAGCAAAUUGCAUGUCUUCUGAAAAAGUUAAAAGUGACAUUAUUUCUUAUUUCUGACACAAUUGUAACCAGUGGGAAAAUUUCUCAUUUUGUCAAAUUGCACAGUUCGUCAGUAACACCAAAUAAGAAGUUGCAAAUAAUUCAGCAGCUUCAUUUAAUAUUUUUGCUAUUCAGCAAUUGUGUGAAAAAAGGUAUUGAUAAUCCAAGAAUACAUGGAUAUAUUUCUAUUUCGUUGCUUCAUUUAUUGUAACAAUACCUUAAAAUCUACAAUUUUCUCAUGUGAAUCAAUCAGUUAUUUAAAACCGGUUUCUCACUGGUCACAAAUAUCAUCACUGACAUGUAUUUCGAUAAUGAUUAAUAUUUGACAGAGUAUUCCUGAAAUAAAUUAUUGAUAGACCCAUUAAGUAUAUUUGUCAAAUAUGCAGAGGGGGCAAACUGGAAUUAAACAGCUCUGGUCAUGUGACUGUUUAAACCAGCAGUUUAAAAAUGAUCACAUUACUGUAAAUAAUCACAUUAAAUCAAGGCAGUCUGCACAUCCUUUUACACACAAAUCUUUUUAGACCCCUUAAAAUAAAAAAUAAAUGCAGGUCACAAAUGAUAACGUGGGAUUAAAUGGGUUAAAAACAUUUUGCAAACGCAGUUCAAAAUUCAAUUAUAAAAACUGAUUUUUUUUCAAAUACAAACCUUUCAGUGUUUUGCAGUGAAUAAAUGGUAGUUUGGUCAGACUGGAGCAGUGUUUAGCUCUGAAAUUUUCAUUCUUCAUAGCAAUGUUUCUAGGCAUUGAGCCUUUACAUUGUUUAUUGGAAUGUUUUAUUCACGAAUGUCUGAAAAUAAAUCUUGUUUUACCUCAUUCCUGUAUAAUGUGCAAAUUGUACGAGGACGUUGUUUAUAUUAAACAAACUGUUAAAAUGUACAGUAUUUAUUUGAUGCAUUGUACAGCAUAUAUGAAAAAGCGUGGCAAUGUGAUAAAAAAUUGUUAAAUAUACUUGUGAUUUACAUGCACCUUAUUUGUCAAAUGUGAGCUGCAAAAUGGGGCAAUGAGCUUCUUACAUUUUCCAUUCUUUUCAAAUUUCUACCAGUUACAUAUGUUACUAGAUUCAUUAAUCUGUAAAGAUGCACACACAAUUUUUUUGGCAAGUUUUGUUAUAAAUAUAUUUCCCCAACUUCAUAUUUUUACAGAAAUAAUUUAUGUACCAGUGCCUCAUGUGAAAUAUUGUACAAGAUUCAUCAUGUUGACGUCAAGUUGGCUAGCGUGCAAUAAAACGUGAUAUUGUGAAAAUGCACAUUGCUUUUGUAAUCACUUUAUAAUUUGUUGUGAUUUCUGAAAUCUGAUUUCAGAUAGUUGUUUGUUUGUUUGUUUUUUUUUCAAGGCAAAAUGUUUUCAGGCGUACUACUGAAAUGAGGGAUCCAUUUUAUGUCAGGAGAUCUUUAACGUUUUUAUCAACACAGUUGAGAUUUACAUCUCAAUAUGUGAGUUACCCUCGUCUGCAGUUGAUUGAAAGUAAAAAAACAGUCCUUUUCAACAUGGCUAAUGUCUACCAAGGGCCUCUCAUUAGAGCUUGCCUUAAAUAUUUAUGUGCUGACCUCAUUUAGUUUGAUCUGAUUGCUACACUUGCAUCACUGUUGGGUUUUCCACCAUCUUAGACCGCAUUGGACUGUAAAAAUAACACGACACAGCGUCAUUUCAUUUCACGUGUGCAAACGAACAGUACAAAAAGGUUCUAUAUAGAACCCCAAUUAACCUUUUUUCUCAUAGUUUAGUGUGGAGGGUGUGUGUCCCUUGGUUCUUAAGAUU